UGUGGCCUUAACCACAACUAUAGCUCCUCCUUACCAGACGCUAACACCCUCUCAAGAAUCGAUGGCAGGAAUGCAGUGGAGGAAGAACCGGGAGAGGUCGCUACUGGUUCUAAUGACUGGAGGGUAUGUCUACCUCCUCCUCGCACUACCCAGCGGCGUCCAGUGGAUGAGCGGAGGCGUCGUGAGGCAAAGUUCACCCGUUGCAGAGCCUGGAUGUAGCAGCCAGGGCAAGCAUUUCAAGUUACUCAUCCGCGCUGCACACCCCAGAAUAAAGAGACACCCAGGGGACAAUUUACAUGUGAACUUGACGGGGCCUUCCUGGCGGCCGUGGGGAGACGACCACCCGGGUAGUCCCUGCGUCAACUAUGAAACCAGGCUCGGCAGUAAGCUGACGAGGGUGCUGCUCAUGUCGUACCCGUGUUCAGGCAACAGCUGGCUUCGCUACCUGUUGGAGGGUGCAACAGGCUUCUUCACCGGGUCGUUAUACAAGGAAAAGCCGCUCUACGAAGGCGGGCUCCUGGGGGAGAUGGAAGAGGUGUGGAGCGAGCGGACGCUGGUACAGAAGACCCACGGAGUUAUGUUCCACUCUCUGGAGCGAAACGACUUGUCCGAACGCUACAACCACAUCAAUUCUAGUCUGCCCUCAAUCCUGCUCCUUCGAAACCCAGUCAGGGCGAUAGUCAGCUCGUGGUUCCUCCUACUGCAGUCAGGCAGCAACAGACACAAGGCCCAGGUCGACCCCAGUACCUUCAACACCAACUUAUUCAGGUUCUACGUUGACCAGGCAGUGUCCCUGUGGGAGGAGAUGGCGACCGACAGGCUGUUGUGGAGCUCCAAGCCAGUGUAUGUACUCCACUAUGAGCACCUCCUCCAAAACACCACCCAUCAACUCCGACGCCUUCUCCACUUUCUGAGUGUACCUGUGGACGAGGGGCGGCUGGCAUGUGUCUCCUCCCACCUCACUGGACCCUUCAAACGCAGAGGUAACAAGACGUUGGACCCCUUCACUCGAGAGGAGAAACAAAGACUAUCCAAAGCUGUCCAAAGAGUCAACCGGCUACUACUGGUGCUGGGCUACCCUCGACCUCCUGUCUAUGAGGAGCUACCCUAGCCCCUAUACUUGCUGCAACUACUGAUAACAAUUAAUGUUUAUUUGCUUGCUGAUAUCUUCAUGUUAUGUUAUGUUAUUUUUCUAUUGAAUUUGUUAAUAAAGUUAAAUAGUAA